UCUUGCAGAUCAGUUUAAGUGGAUAGAUAAUAAGCGAGGGGUUGAGAAGAAAUUUUUAAAGGUUUUUGGAAUAAAAGCAGUGGCUAAUUUUUGCGCUUCUCUGAAUAUCGACCUGAUUUGCAGAGCGCACCAGUGUGUAAUAGAUGGAUACGAAUUUUUCGCGGAUCGAAAGUGCUUGACCAUAUUCUCGGCUCCAUGCUAUUGUGGAGAACUUGAUAAUCAAGCUGGUGUUCUUAUUGUCAACAGCCGAUUAGAAUGUCGUGUGCUCACCUUCAAAAGAGGUGUCAAGCCUGUUACAAAAACCAAAGGUGCGUCAACGGAAGAAGCAGCCCCAGGAUCUAUGCGAACGCAAGAAGAUGUAAAGAAGACACAAGGUACACCAACCGUCACUCCACAACGAAGUGCAGAAACCUGCAAGUCGUCUUCAAACGAGCAGGCAGUAGUAGCCAAAAAAGAAUCUACCAAUGAGAAUGCAAAGAAAAGUGGUCAAGUGUCAGCUGGCACCAGCAAUGCUGAAAGCAAUUCUAACGAUGCAAAGAUGGAAAGUAAACAAAGUAAAUAGAA